UCGAGUUGCACAGGACCCGGGAUCCUCGUUGGACAGCUCACAAGCUCGGUGACAGAUGGCUGCAUCAUUCCUCGACAUGCCGGACUUUUGUUAGACAAUCUCAAGGACGUUUUCGUGCAACCAUCGCCAUGGAGGAACUACUAGCCAAGCAUCGCAAGGAGAAACGUGACUUGCAGUCAAAGGUCACUCAGAAGAAGAAGAACGCCACCAAGAAGACACGAAAAGGUAUCAACGACGAAUGCGAGAGAUUAGAGAGUGAUCUUGAAGCGCAACAACAAGCCGAGCUAGAAGCCCUACAGCCUUCUCAGGUCUCGCCGGUCCAGGACGGGCUGGAUGAUUUAUCCUUGACUGAACCUCCGGCCCUUGAGAUGGAACCAGCUACAACUCCAGGCCAGAGUGUUACUUCCCCGGAAGAGUCAAAAAAGGAUUCGUCUGAAGCAGCAGCCACUAGGGUUAAAAAGCCCAAUCGGCAAAAGGCCAGAUUGGCUCGCAGAGCAGCUGAUCAAGAGGCCGAAAUGGCUGCCGCGGCUGAAGAAGCGGCUGCUCUCCCAGAUCUUCGAGAGCAGGAAUUGUCGGCGAUGAGGAAAUACAUGAAGGAACUAGACCUCACAGAGACGCUUAUUCGGCCGGAUGGCCAUUGCCUCUUCUCGGCGUGCGCCCAUGGAAUCCCAAACCUAGGUCCAGGACAGAAUCACUACCAACAAGUCCGUUCAGCUGCGGCGAGUUUCAUGGCGGCACACCCGGAUGAUUUCUCCGCCUUUCUCGAAGAGCCUUUAGAUUCUUACAUUACCAAGAUCAGAGACACGGCAGAGUGGGGUGGCCAGUUGGAACUUCAGGCAAUUGCACGAUCCUAUCAUAUCGAUAUCAAUGUGCUACAGGCGGACGGCCGUGUCGAAAAGGUCACGUCGGGGAAAGGCAAAGAUGGUGAAACAAUAUGGCUGGCUUACUAUCGACAUAGUUUUGGUUUGGGUGAGCACUAUAAUGCCUUGACAAAGAAGAUACAGCCGUGAAGCCAACCUCAAGGCUAUCAACAAACAGUUGGCCAGCCCGGACUGGAAUCAACAAUUGAAGAUGCUAGUGGUGUCUCCAAAUGGCAAUGUUGUCCAUAACAUUGCCGUUUUCAUCCUUGCCGACCUUAUGUGUGUCAUUUGGAUGAAAGUGAGCCACUCUCUCCAAAGCGCCAGGACUAUCGGGGGCUAGAGGGUUUAUUUUGAUAUUGCCCUCGGCGUCAUACUUGAUCUCCUUGCCAGGAUGACUGAGAUGCUCUCGGUAGGCAAUCGAAGGAGAUGCCCACGGUGGACCACCAGUCUCUGCCGAUUUGGUUGUGGGAAACUCCAAGCAGAUCAGAUUGGCCAGCGGAGAUGGACGGAGAAGUUCAGACAUGCGUUUUGCCCACGCGGGGCGCAUUGAGGGCUGCAUGGCACAGAAG